AUACCUUAUUCAGUUCCACCUUCCACUCCAAAAUGCACCAUCGCUGCUGGAAACCAAUAUGUUGGCAGCAAUGUGACCCUAAGAUGUCACUCAGCAGAAGGUAAACCUACACCCAAAUACACGUGGAAAUGGACAACUUCCAGGCCAGAGCCUGCUUUACCUCGUGGCUACUCUGUCAAAAAGGGAAACUUGACAUUGACCAACCUCAGCGAAACAAUGUCUGGAUUAUACACUUGCAAGUCCGAGAAUGAAAUAGGGAAUGCAUCGUGUUCGAUAAAGUUGGUUGUGAUAACCCCAAAUAAUGCUGGGAUCAUUGUUGGAGCCGUUGUUGGAGUGCUGUUAGGAAUAUGUCUGAUCAUUGCUCUUGUGAUUUGCUUCUGCAAGCAUCAAAGGAGGGAAGCAGAAAAAGAGGAAGAUCCAGCUAAUGAGAUAAAGGUGGAUGCACAAGCACCAACAGGAAAUACAUGGGCUAAGUCUGGGAGUUCUGAUAUCAUCUCCAAAAAUGGUACACUGUCAUCAGUGAAUAGCACCUUGCAUGUUUACAAACCGUAUCCUACUAAAGCACCAUCAGAUACUGCUUCGACCAUUACUGCAAUGGGUGUCAACGGCACUGGAAGUUACAAGCGCCCAAAUAAUGCCCGAAGAUCAGCGGAUAACGUUUCAAUAAGAAGCUCACCUGGGAAGCCAGCACCGGCUUAUGCAUCAUUCGUCAACACUCACUACUCUAGCCCCCCCACUGCAUGGCAGAAUGGAGUUCAGACACAGGCCCCUAGGCAGGUACCUGCAGUAUCCUCAAUGUCGUCAUCAAACCUUACUAGAAUGGGGGCUGUGCCAGUCAUGGUGCCAGCUCAGAACCAAGCAGGAUCACUGGUAUAGGAGCAAAUCUUUAAUCACCGGGGCAUAUAGAAAUCCUAUGGUAACAUUGAUGACCAAAGAGUAGGGCUUCAGAUGAGAGCAAUUUAUGCUGAAAUAUUACAAAUGUAGCAUUGGGUGUGAACAAUAUUCUGAAGUCCCGUCAUCAGUUUUGAACAUUAUUCAACUAGAAACUCGAGGGAACCUGAAAUAAGAAAUCUAGCCCAAACAUUGAAUGGAUGAGCAGACGGCCAGUUCUUUCCUGGUAUCUCAGUUGUAACUCAAACAAUACACUUGCUUGACACAAAAUAUUUUUAGAGGAGCAGUUCUAACUAAUUCCAGUUUAUCACAACUCUGUGCUUGUAAUCGCUGUCAAAAUGUAACUCGUAUUAAAGAACAUAAAUCUUCAGUUUUAGCUCUGCCCAUCCAAGCUUGUUGCACUCAUCAUUCCUCAAUGAAGUGGAUGCAGACUAGUUUUGUCCAGUAGAUAUGUGACUUCUGGUUUGUGUUACAAGAAUAGACAAUGUACCUUCUCAUCUAGUUAACUUUCUUUUGCUCCUCAUGAUUAUGUUCUCCUAGUUCAUGCAACAGUCAUCAAUGAAAGAAACCCAGGUGAUCAGCUUCUCACAAUCCCUUGCCAAUGCGUGUUCUGCUUUUGGAUAGUGCAAGUAAUUAACCUGGGAGAUGAUCCCUCCUUUGGUUUGUAUUUCCGUGAAUGUAGAAGAUCAAAGGUUGUUAUUGACUGAUUCAGUGAUACAUAUAGAGAGAAACUAUUUCUUUUGAUGGGAGAAUCAAAAACCAAGGGAUGAAAUCUUAGCGUUUCAGCCAAGAUAUUCAGCGACAAAAUGAGAAAGCUGUUUUUUCACCAAGGCUAAUGAAAAAUCUGCUACUGAAUUCCCCAAAAGGCUGUGGUGUGGAACUUUGAAGACUCAGGUCAAUAGGUUUCUCUUAGAUGAGGGUAUCAAGGGUUAAGAAGCUAAAAUGACGAACUGGAGUUGAGGCACAGAUUCGCCAUGAUCUAAUUGAAGGGCAGAGUACACUUGAUGGGCUGAAUGGCUUCUUACCAUUCCUUUGUUUGAUAGUUCUCUAUCAAUCUAUGGUAAACAGUGUUCCUGAAUUAUGGUAGCUCCAAACAGAAACAAAUGUGCGUUGGUGGAACUUGUUGCAAGAGAACUGGUAGAUCCUACUUUUAUCUUGCCUUGGUUUCUAACUGACUUGAUUCCAAAAUUUUCUGUCUACAGUUCAUUUUGCAUACUGAUGACAACAUUUCUUCUCCCUUCUUGUUUUCCCUUCAUCUGCAUAAAUCUUUAUAUCAGGUCUUAUGGUAGUCAUUAUAGCAGCAUAUUUCCUAUCGCUGCAUGGAAGGAAAUGAAGUGAUAAAAGAAAGGAAUUGGUUAAACUCCAUCAGGAAUGCCCCAAAAGAAAGAUACAGAAGAAACUAAAAAUGGAUGGGAGUGUAUACAAUAUUGCAGCAUUGUAAAAUUUAUUGAAGUUGUGGACAACAUUGAGUUAAAACACUCAGUCAACACACUCAGUCUGAUGCUAGUAUAUAGUAAGAAUAAACAGGCAGAAUGAAACCAGUGCAGGAGUGACUCACAAAUACAUCAUUAGAAGAUUGUUAAUGGAGAUGAUUAUUUGUAUAUUGUGAGUGCUUGUUCCUGCCUGUAAUACCACAAAUAUACAGUAAUGUUAUGACUAGCUGAGGGUAGUUCCCCUCUUUCAAACAUCCUUCAUUGGCCGAGAGAGGUUUAUAUUCUUUUAAGCACGAGACUAUACCUCUAUUCAAUUGAAAUGUGUUUAACUAAUCUCUGCAGUAGUAGUAAAAAAAAUUACAAAGUUUCCUUGAGUUUAAUGCAAAACAAGUUUAUUUCCUGUCAAUCUUGAGCAAAAUAAUAAAGGCAUGAUGUCAAACAUAUGUGCUGUCACUUCGGCCCUCACUUGUGCAGUGACAUGCACACAAACACUCUCCAUAUACACGCAAACAUCCUUAUACACGCAAACCACAACGCACACACGCCACCCCACGAACACACCAAAUAUGUGAAUGUACAGUUUAGAGCCUUUUGGAUGUCCUUCAUGCUUAAGAUUUUAACCUGAGGAUGUGAUUGUUUAGUUCUUGUUUUAGACCAUGACCAGUAGCAAAUUUGCAGUUAUCCUUUGAGUUCUCAAUGUUCUUAUGUUUCUUUUUAACAUGUAUUGUCACUGAACAUUUUUCUUUUUAAGAGACAGAGAGAGAGAAAGUUCCACAGCCUUUCAGUUCUGCAUCCUUAAUUUCAUAUGACCUAUGCCAAAAGCAGCAGCUUGAAAUAUCAGCUUGUGUGCAUAUUUCCAUGCCUGAGUCCAUUGUCUCCAAGCUAGAUAAUUGCAGGUGAUGCUUUCAUUACUUUAUAUGUGAACAUACUCAAAGGUGUCAUUCAAAAUAGGAAAUGAAGAUCUUUUCACUCUUCCCACAGGAAUGAACUUGCUGGUGUAGCAUUGCCUUUGGAUAAAAUGUUAAUUUCAAAUUAGCUGUCUGUUGUUUAAUUCACACUGAAACUUGGCCCACUUGUGGUCAGCUGAAGCCUGUAGCCAUUUUAAGUCAGUGCUUUUUGGUUCCUUUUUGUAACACCAUUUUAGACUAUGAAAGUCCCCAGUACUAAUUCAACGAUGAACUUCAGAACAAUGUGGUGCAAAUUGUAUAUCCUUGUGACAAUAUUCUCAUACAAAAGUGACACCAAUGGGAUGUGAGAAUACAAGAUGGCUCUUCAAUCCCUUUAAUUUGCUCCUUUCAGAACAUAAGCCCUAUCCUUCCACCAGAGUGUUUGACUGUUGCUUAACGGUUCAGUUUUAACCCUAACCAUUUGUCCUAAUGACCAUGUUCUCGCUGUUGGUCACUUGUUUCGUAAUGAAAUUCUUACAGAAUCUGCAGCAAAGAUUCCAAAAAAGCCUUGUACAAAUGGGGCUGGUGGUUCCUGUUAUUUUCUUUCUUGGACAAUCCAUUUUGACAGAUUCUAGGAAAGGGCAUAUCUGAUAGGAAUUUAAUUAAACUGUCAAUACCUUAUAACAAUUUAAUUGGCCAACAUGCUGUCCCUCUUUUUAGGCUGGAGUUAUCUAUGCAGACGUCUGGGUUUUAACUCAUUGAAUAAUUGAAUUCUUUAAAUUUACAUAUUCGAAAAAUGUCCUAAAAUUCUUAUUUAACUCUUUUAGCUUUCGAUCCCCAACCAGCUUCUGACAGGUUAAUGGGUAACUAGAGAAGAUUCCUGGAGGAUUUUGAUAUUUUAGCAAUAGGGCUAUUUCUGAAUGAAUGGCUCUAAGUGACCCAUCAGUAUAGGAUUUGAGGUGUAGGAUAGUGUUAAUGGACUAUUAUGGCUACUUCCCAGUCAGAAUUGACCAUGAAAAUGAAGCAGCUGUGAUCCACAGAUACAAACCCUGCAUCCUAUAAAAGACGUGAUGCCAAAGUAGCAUUCGCCUUUAUCAAAAGGAGCAUAGACUCUUGGAAACAACACUGAUCAUUCUGCCCUUCAUUUAGGAAGACAUCUAGGAGGGAAAACCUUCAUUCGAACAGGACCAGUUGGUGUACCACUGUGCUUUAUCUACUAGCACAUAGAGCAUUUCCAUUUCAAUUGCUAUUAUGAAACUUCUGACAUGCAUAUUGUUCUGAACAUCAGUAAGCAUUUGUGCCCAAGCUGAACAGUAGUUUAAAAAGCUCAUGCUUGAAUGUCUGAGAAUUGUAUUUAUAUUACAAGAGCAUUUCACAAUUCUGUUUUACUGUGUUGUCUUUAUAAUCUUAAUUGUCUUCAAAAUGAUAGCUUUUGGCCUGCAUCAGAAUUAAUCUUAUAAUUUCAUCAAGGGAGAGUUUAUUGGUCUAUUCCUGAACUAUCUCACAAUAUAGCAGAGAAUCAAAUUUAAACAACCAUGCUCAUUUUGGCAUAGAUUUUGCUUUUCAUUUGCUGAUGGAAAACAUUGAAGUUAAUGGAAAGGGGGUCUAAUAGGCCGUUAACCUAUAGCUGAUGGAAGAAUGUUACGUCAAGCUCCAUUCUGCCCUCUUAGCUGAAUGUAAAUGAUCCCAUAGUCAUUAUUGCGAAGAAUAGUGGAAGAGUUCUAGUCAACAUUUAUUACUCAUCACCAAACAGAUGAUCUGGUCAUUACCUCACCUCUGUUUUGUCAGAGUGUGUUAUAUACAAACUGACUGUCACUUAUCAUGCAUUACAACAGCAAUUAGAUUUCAAAGGGAUUCUACUCACUAUAAGGUGCUUUAGGACAUCCUGAGGUCAUGAAAGAUGAGAUAUAAAUGCAAGUCUUUCUUGGUGAUGAUAGGAUAAAAUCUAUCCCAUUGUUGUUAGAUUUUUAUAUUGUACUUACGAACAAAAGCAAGACAUUAUGGGUUAGAAAUUAGUCAGAAGCUAAUGUUUAGGAAACAGUCACAUCAGCUGCUUUUGCAGUUGGAACACUUAAGUGCUUUUGGAUUUGUCAACAAAUGCUGAUGUGAGGGAAUUGUUAAGUAGCUUGUGAGCCGAGUUGUAUCAUUAUGUGAAAUGUCAUUGGUAUACCAGUUUCUGGAAAUGGAGCAUUUAAUUAUAAAUAGCAAGACGACAUGAGAAGCUUGAAUGUCAAAUUUCUUUGAAGAAGGAUGUUAAAAAUCUUUUAAACACACCGUAUUAUGAUGUUGCUUUCUGAAUUAAAAGCUGUGUUUUCCAAACUGCUUAUUACUUUGCUUUUGAUACAUUUUAGAUCCAAUAGAAUAAACAAGAGGUUAGAAUAGCCCAAAGAUUUGGGCUCCCACAGCAUUCUGCUAUUUUCAAUUUUAGUAAUGAGUAUUUUUGAAAAAAAUGACAUAUUAUCAAAGCUUUUGGUCUCACAUUCAUCAGGACAAUUUGUAAGAAAACCAAUUUAAG